CAAGUAUUAAAUGUAAGGAAAACAGAAGAAAGAGGAAGUGGAAGUAUGUCUCAUGACAGGCUCCGUUGAGAUGCACACACAGAACAGAUGGCUGCGUGUACGAGGAUUAUAGUUCUUUUAAUCAUUCUGCUGCAAUUUCUAGAGUCAGAACAGAUCCUUUAUGAGUGUGUGGCAGAAGGAGAGGAUGCCACUUUACCAUGUGAAAAAGUUGAACCCGAGCAGAAACAAUGUGACGAGACCACGUGGACUUUUGAGGAAACAAAUCCAAGACAGGAACUGGUUAGAUCAGGAAAAGUCAAAUCGGAGAGGAUGAACCUCACUGAAAAAUGUUCUCUGCAGAUUAAAGUGAAAAAAUCUACACACACUUCGGAAACAGAGUUAAGUUGCUCAAUCUCCUCAAAGGAGCGAUGUGUUCGAUUCCGGUCCAAAUGGUCAAUAGGGGAUGUUCCAGUUGAAGAAAGUCAUCCCCACCUCGCAGUGAAAACAUCCAACUGCUUGGCUACUGUCAAAGUACCAACAUCUGAACUCAACAAUCUGAGACUGCAGGAGUUCACAUGUGAUGUGAAAUGUACCAACAACGAGAUCAAGUUUCACUUCCCCAAAAACAGUCCAGAGAGUCUUACGGGGAAGGAAGAGAGCAGAGAGGAUGACUCAGAAGACUCAGAAGAUUCAGAAGAAGACAGAUCUGACAUUGGAUUUACAGAGGAAGACGACAAAGAGGAUGGCAGUGAAGAGACUCUGAACAGCUCAGAAGAAGACAGGCCUGACACUGGUCUAAAAGAUUGGUGGUGGGCAGUGGUAGCGGUCGCUGUGGUGUGUGUCAUAACAGGUGUGGCCUUCAUCACGUGGAGGAGGGUCAGAGUGAAGGCUAAGGAAGCAAACAACACCCCAACUGGUGAAGAGGAACCUUCUUAUGCCUCUAUCAACUUUGGCGUGAACCACAAGAAAACUGCAGUUCGAUCGAGUGAGGAGGCCGUAACCUACAGCUCUGUGAGGAUUGCACCUAGUGACCCUGCUCAGCGCCAGGACUCUGACCACAAACACAAACAGAAAUAAAAUGACAAAAGAAAAUUGAAUUCAGUCACAUGGACAAAAGUUUUGGAGAGAAUAUGUCUCAUCCAAGAGACUUCUUCAGUUCUCAAAAGUUUCUGAAAGUACUAUCUGUCUGGAAGGAAACUAAAUAAAAUAACUUUCUUAUUAAAAAAAACAAAACAAACGUAAUUAUGGCAACAUUCACUGUUUAAAUCACAUCUCCACUCUUUUGACACUCCCUGUUCAUAAGAAAAUGACUCAAAUACCUGCUCAUUGUGAUUCUCCUCAGUCCUUAUACAAAUGAUUCACCAUCUCUGCCCAAUCUUCUUUAAUUACUUGGCAUUAAUGGGAAAUGAAAGCAAUUACAUUCUUUUAAAUAUAAUGACUCACUUCUUCUUCUUUUUUUUACCACAAUUAUGAUUUUGGAUGCAUGUUUUUGCCAAAGACUUUAAACUUGAAUCAUUAAAUGGCCCAUACUUUGCUAUUUUUUGAUCUACGUCAUCAUAUUUCCUUGUCACAAACAGACCUGGAGUUUUGUUUAUUUGUUUGUUUGAUUCACAGAAGUUUAACACAUAAACAGUGCAGAUUUAGUUUUUCUCUCAAACAAGCUACACUCCACUGUGCUCAACUGUGUUUUUAGACCCACCUUCCCUAGAAACAUUUGGAUCAUUUCAGCCCUGGAGUUGUCAAACACUUUGUUCCACCUUGUGAUGUCAUGUAAUACAGGAAGGGCUCCACUGUGUUUUUAAACUCUGUACAUCUUCACUAGAAUCAUUUGGAUAACUUCAGCUAAGGAAUUUUCAGUCUCUACUGAACGAAAGGUAAAAUGUAACUUAUCUUGAAAACUACCACUACAUGACAUCACAAGGUGGAACAGAGCAUUUUGAGCUUUGGAGAUUAGACAGACUAAUAAUAAAAGGAUUAUUCAAACAUGUGUGAAUGAAACAAAACACAAGUCCAGGUCUAAAUUUGAUGAAGUAAUAUUCUAACAUGGCUUAAAGCAAAAGGCAAUUUUGCCCACAUAGGACCUUUGGCAGACAUUAUCUGAUAUUGGAGAAAAGCUGUGACUGAAAAAUGUUCAACCUGGGUCUCAUUUAUUAAAUGAGAGAGAGAAAAGCAUCCUUUUCCCUCCUGUAGGAAUAGAAAAGUUCACAAAAAUAACUUCAGCUCUGACUAAGACCCUGAAGGCAAAGGUGGGGACUUGCAAGUCGUGACUUGGAUUCGAGUCAGACUUGAAUCAGUUUACUUCUGCUUGACCGGGCCCAUAUACUCUACAUACUCAUAUAUAAAUAUACUAUAUAUGAUUUUUAAGAACAAUUUAUCUUAAAAUCACAUAAAUUGCAAAAAUCUAAGCUUUGGUUUCAAGACUUGAAAUGACUUGAAGCUCAAAGCAGACGACUUGGACUUGACUUGGACUUAUGAUCCAGUGACUCGAGACUCGACUUGGACUUGCCUGUAUUUGAUUUGGGACUUGACUCGGACUUGAGGUCAAAGACUUGAGACUUACUUGAGUCUUGCAAAACAAGGACUUGGUCCCACCUCUGCCUGAAGGCUUUGUUUUCAACACUGUCCUGAAGCUCAUAAAAAAACAACAUGGACAGAGGUUAAUUUCAUACAAGAGUAAUUCUGGACAGUUAAAAAUGCCACUUUUCAAUUUUUUAUAAAAUUACUUAAAGUGUUAGAAGUGUUAAAUGUUAAAUCACAAUCUCCAUAUGUAUUAGUUUAGUAUUAGGUGCCCCUCGAGAAGCACACGUCCUCUUUAAGUGAUUGUAACCACCCAACAGAGUCUUUUAUUGAUCCGACUGUCGCUGUGGAUUGUGUGACCUACAAGUUAAAUGAUGCAAUAAACAAUCUUAAUUAGCAGA